UCAUCAUUGUUGUUGUUGUCGCCUGAACAGGACCGUAAGCUCCCCGAGAGCAGGGUGCGGCACCCUGGAGCCCAUCACAGGCUGGUGGCCGAGGGAUGCGGCCUUCCAGCGCCGGCGCCCGCGUCCCCACCUUCUCACCGCGUCUAACCAGAAAUGCAACUUUGGUUACGUUCUCCGUGCGACACACACGGUUACCUCCUCGGCGACGCGCCGGACACUCAGUGGCCCCUUCCCACCUGGAGAGGCUGAAGUAGCUCCGCUGCGUCCCUGCCCGAUCAACAGUCGAGAUUCUGAAGGUCAUAAAGUUUCUGAUGGUGGUGGUAAGCCAUGGCGUCAGAUGAUAAAGUCGCCAUCUUAACCGAUGAUGAAGAGGAACAGAAGAGAAAGUACGUGCUCGCUGACCCCUUUAAUGGUAUUUCCAGGGAACCAGAACCACCUUCCAAUGAAACGCCCACCUCCACAGAAACCAACGCUCUUCCUGAGGAGGAGAUAGACUGGAUAGAGAAACAUUGUGUCAAAAUAAACAAUGAUCUCCUUAUAUCCAAGGUCUUCUAUUUUUUCUUCUACUCUGCAUACGGCUCUCUUUAUCCGCUCCUGCCGGUGUACUACAAGCAGCUGGGGAUGUCACCCAGCCAGAGCGGACUGCUGGUGGGCAUCCGGUACUUCAUUGAGUUCUGCAGUGCCCCCUUUUGGGGUGUAGUUGCAGAUCGCUUUAAAAAAGGCAAAAUCGUCCUCCUCUUUUCUCUUUUGUGUUGGGUGUUAUUCAACCUGGGCAUUGGAUUUGUCAAGCCUGCCACCUUGAGGUGUGUACCAAAGAUCCCCCCAACAUCUCAUCCCACUAACUCCAGUCAUCUGCUGACCAUCCCGCCAACCAACUCUUCCCUUGCCACGUCCCCACGAAUGCGGGAGAAGAGGGCCCUGCUCCCUUCUACCUGGCCAGUGAGAGCGGAAACGGAGCCCAAUGUCACAGAAACGGUCAUCUUCUUGACAGCUCCGAACAAGACCAGUGGGCCCACUCUGCAACCUCAGACAGAUGAAAUUACGGAUCAUAUUACGGACUUGACCUUGAGUCCAAGCACAACAAUGCCUGCCUUCCUGGGAAACACAACCAGAGAGACAACCACUGCUGUUGUCACCACCACCAAAUCUUUACCGUCCAGUCAAGUCACUCUUGUUUAUGAUCAGCAGGAAGUGGAGGCUAUAUUCUUGGUGAUCCUGGUUGUCGUCAUAAUCGGAGAAUUUUUCAGCGCCUCUUCGGUCACCAUCGUGGACACGGUAACGCUCCAGUACCUGGGCAAGCACAGAGACCGCUACGGGCUGCAGCGCAUGUGGGGCUCGCUGGGCUGGGGGCUGGCCAUGCUGUCUGUGGGCAUCGGGAUCGACUACACGCACACUGAGGUGCUCAUCGACGGGAAGGGGUGUAGACCCCCCGAGUCCCGGAACUACCAGGUCGUCUUCAUCGUCUUCGGGGUUCUCAUGACCGUGGCUUUGGUCGUCGCCACGCAGUUCCGGUUCCGCUACAACCACUUCAAGCCCGAUGAGAGCCAAGGGAAAGCAGAGGAGAUCCCUGCGGCGGACAGGAGCAGCUCCACUGAGUCCUCCGAGGGGACACCCGCCGGCCCGGGCAGCUCGCCGGCCUUCAGCUUCUGGGCCCUGGUGCGGCUGCUGUGCGGUGUGCGCUACGGCUCAGUGCUCUUCGUCGCCUGGUUCAUGGGCUUUGGUUACGGCUUUGUGUUCACCUUCCUCUACUGGCACCUAGAGGACCUGAACGGGACCACCACCCUCUUCGGGGUCUGCUCCGUCCUGAGCCACGUGUCUGAGCUGACGGCCUAUUUCUUCAGUCACAAGCUCAUCGAGCUCAUCGGCCACAUCAGGGUUCUUUACAUUGGCCUGGCCUGCAACACGGCGCGCUAUAUUUACAUUUCCUACCUGGAGAAUGCCUGGACUGUUCUCCCGAUGGAAGUUCUUCAAGGGGUGACGCACGCGGCCAUCUGGGCAGCCUGCAUCUCUUACCUCAGCGCGGCCGUCCCCCCCGAGCUGAGGACUUCUGCUCAGGGCAUCCUACAGGGCCUUCACCUGGGCUUGGGCAGAGGCUGUGGUGCCAUGAUCGGAGGCGUCUUAGUCAAUUACUUUGGGGCUGCCGCAACCUUUCGAGGAAUCGGCAUGGCCUGCCUGGUGAUCCUCCUGCUUUUUGCCCUGAUCCAGUGGCUGGCAGUGCCGGAUGAGGAAGAAGACAAGACAAUGCUGGCGGAAAGGAUUCCCGUUCCCUCCAGUCCGGUUCCCAUAGCAACCAUCGACUUGGUACAGCAGCAGGCAGAGGACAUCCUGCCGCGCGUGGAGUCCAGACUUCCGCCCAAGAAGACCAAACACCAGGAAGAACAGGAGGACGUGAACAAGCCGGCCUGGGGGGUCAGCUCCUCUCCCUGGGUGACCUUCGUCUACGCACUCUACCAAAUUAAAGAGAUGGUGCAGCUGAUGAGAGACAGCCGCGCCCCCGAGAUACAGCCUCUGCAGGGGACCAGUGAGAAUCGGGAAAAUUCUCUAGCUGGUGGAGUCCGGCCUGUCCCACGUGAGACUCACUCUGACCCAUCUAGAAACCAGCCAUCUCCUCAAGCAGCAGCAUCUCAGACGCGGAGCAGCCCCACUCACCCCAGCGUGGCCCAGCGUGUGGAGGAGAGGGAGGACCAGCAGGCUCAGCCUGCCGCUGGGGGACACUGAGGGCGCCACUCAUCUCACACCCUGCAUGGAACCGGGCUCCUCUGCCGGGACAGAGGGAGAGGCUCCCCGAACCUAAGACAUGCCUCCCCGUGAGAAGCAUAGCACUGUAUACGCUUCUAAAUACCUAAACUCAUCAACAUGGAAACACACACACACACACACACACACACACACAGGCGCUACAGUACAUACUGGCAGGAACAGGUAAACUCCCAUAAUCCUGUGGAACUCGCAGAAGGGGAAUGGGAGUUCGGUGAAGACGUCCAGCUCCCCGGCUGGUCAGGUUCAGGACUCUAGGACUUCUUUGCCAGUGCAGUAAGGGUUGAAAGCAGCAGUUACACUGAAGUGGAGGGAACAGACGUGUUUCACGGUGAAUGCUGAUACAGUUUCCCUCUUCUGAUUAUUUAUUCUAAUUAUUUGGUUCUUAAUGCAAACUGGGAAGAAAUAAAAUAUAAUUUUGAAUCUCUUAAAGAGAACUGUUUCAAAAAUGACAUGACAUAUUUAAAAAAGUAGCCAGUUAAAAGUUACUAGCUUAUAUGCUUUUGUUUAAAAAAAAAAAAAAAGGAAAAAGUUUCAUUAGAAACUUGGCAUAUCUCUAGCAAAUAUAUUUUUAUAUGUAUAUGGUAUAUAAUGAAAACAGUCAAUUCUUUGAGCAGCAAAAGCCGCAUUGACUACUGCAAACUAAGCUGAGCUUUAACAUGCCUUUUGUUUUAAAUGGGCUUUAAGACCAGAGGAGGGAAUAUUUCAAAUCAACCAACCAAUUCAGUAUCCUGUGGCUUGACAGACAAGGGUUUACUAAAUAUUAUCGAUACUGUAAAUAGCCUCUAUCACUAUUCAAUAAUUUUAUAGUGAUUUGGGCUCUAAGUAGCUGAGGGAAUU